GUACAUGGCGAUAGGCGCGGCCAACAUCUGCCUGCUGUGGCUCUCGCCUCUGGCCGUGUCGGUGGGGACCUUUGGCGCCAUGGUGCUCGUGGGUGUGCCGCUCACUCCCGGGGCUGUUUUUACUGCCAUCGCCACCUUCCGCAUUCUGCAGGAGCCUCUGCGCUCGUUCCCCUUGGUGGUGGCGGCUCUAGCCCAGGCCAUUGUGUCCCUCAAGCGAGUCACCGGCUUCCUUCUGGAAGAAGAAAUCCAGAGCGAUGUUGUGACGCGUGUGCACUGAGGCACCUCAACAAUCUCUUUCCACACCACCUUCCCCCCCGCCCCCCACCACCCCAACAGGAGCCGCUGCGGUCGUUCCCCUCGGUGGUGGCGGCUCUAGCACAGGCCAUGGUGUCACUCAAGCGAGUCACCACUUUCCUUCUGGAAGAAGAGAUUCAGAGCGACGCUGUGACGCACGUGAAUGGGCCGAAGGAAGGGGUGGGGAGUGGGGGAGAAGGAAGGGAAGAGAGGAGGGAUGGAGUGAAGGGUGUGGCAAAGGAUGUGGUGGUGCAGGUUCAGAAUGGUGUGUUUAGCUGGGAGGGGGAUGCCAGUAAGCGGACGCUAUCUGGAAUCGAGUUGGAGAUUAAAAAGGGGAUGAGAGUGGCUGUGUGCGGGGCGGUCGGAGCAGGCAAGUCAAGCCUGCUGGCGUGCCUUCUAGGGGAGAUGCCCAAGAUAAGAGGAAAGGUCACCCUGGCGGGCCGCACAGCCUAUGUGCCGCAGUCCGCAUGGAUCCAAAACGCCACAGUGCGCGACAACAUUCUUUUCGGGCAGCCCAUGAACCGGGCGCGCUACAGCCGGGUGCUGCAGCAGUGCGCGCUACAGCCGGACCUGGCUCUGCUGGCCCAUGGGGAUGCCACGCAGAUAGGCGAGAGGGGAGUGAACCUGAGCGGCGGGCAGAAGCAGAGGAUACAACUGGCCCGGGCGAUGUAUGCAGGGGGAGGGGGAAUGGGAGGAGGGGAAACGAGGGAAGGGGGGCCUGAGGGAGGCAUGAGAGAUGGAGAAGCAGGAGGGGAGCAGGGGGAGAGGGCGGAUGGAACCGGGGUUGCGGAGGAGCAAGGAGGAGUGGGUGAGCAAGGGGGUGAUGCGGAGGUGUUUCUAUUGGAUGAUCCGUUCAGUGCCGUGGAUGCUCACACUGGCUUGCAGCUCUUCACUGUGAGUGCAAAUCCCCAUCAACGGAGGGAAUGGGGGAUGGGGAGGAGAGGUAAGGAGGAGUGGACGGGCAAGGGGGAGUGUGUGUUGCGGGGUCUGGCGGGGAAGACUGUCAUUCUGGUGACGCACCAGGUGGACUUCCUGCCGGCUAUGGACCUCAUUCUGGUGAUGAAAGAAGGGCGCAUCGUGCAGAGUGGGCGGUAUGAGGACCUGCUGGCGGAGGGAAUGGAUUUCUCCUCCCUUGUGGACGCUCACACCGAUGCCAUGCACUCCCUCUCCGCCACCACCACCACCGCUGCCCCCACCGCUGCUGCGAGUGCUAGUGGUGGUGGUCCGGCUGGUGCUGCAAGUGCUGCUAGUGCUGGCGGUGCUGAUGAUGGUGCUGCUGCUUUUGCUUCUGCGGAUGCCCCCUCCUCCUCCUCCCCCUCUUCCUCUGCCCCUCCCACCCAUCCCUCCUCCACUUCUGCUACAUCUGAUGUGAGACGAGCCUCACGAGGUGAUCGAGGGAAAGGGAAGCAGGAAGAGGCAGCAGAAGUGAGGGUGGUCGAGAGGCAGAACGGGGAUGUAGUCAAGCCAGAGAAGCACGGCAAUGGUAAUAGUCGCAGCAGCGGCAGCAAUCGUAGCAGCAGCAGGCGCAGGAACAAGGAGAGUGGUUCGAAGGCGAGAGCAGGCCAGCUGAUAAAUGAAGAGGAGAGGUCGUCAGGGCGAGUGGCCUUUGCCGUGUACUGGGCAUACCUCACCACAGCCCUUGGAUGCUGGCCCAUCCCUGCGCUCCUAUUGGUCCAGAUCCUCUGGCAGACGCUGCAGAUCGGCUCUGAUUGGUGGCUUGCCACCUAUACAUCCUCCUCCUCCUCUUCCUCUUCCUUUUCCUUCUCCUCUUCCUUCUCCGCCUCCUCCACCACCACUCCCUCCUCCCUAUCCCCCUCUUCUUCCUCCCCCGUCGAUCUGCUAGCUCCAGCCAUCACCCCGGUGGGCUUCCUGCGGGUGUACGUGCUGUUGGCGCUGGGCAGUGUGCUCUUUGUGCUGCUGCGCACUGUGGCAGUCUCCUGGAUGGGGUGGGAGACGGCUCAGGCCCUCUUUGCCCGCAUGCUGCAUGCUGUCUUCCGAGCGCCUAUGAGCUUCUUUGACUCCACUCCUGCAGGGCGAGUGCUAUCCCGGGCAUCAACAGACCAGGCAACAGUGGAUCUAGACCUCCCGUUCCGCUUUGGAACGGUUCUCUCUCUUCUCUUCCAGCUGCUCGGCAUCCUCUCAGUCACCUCCUUCAUCACUUGGCCUGUGCUCUUCGCCAUCGUGCCCCUUGCCUACUUCUACUUCUCUUAUCAGGAGUACUACCUCACAACGUCCAGGGAGCUCUCUCGCCUGGAUGGAGUCACCAAGUCCCCCAUCAUCGAGCACUUCAGCGAGUCGCUAGCCGGGGCAGCAGUGAUCCGAGCGUUUGGCGAGGAGGCUCGAUUUGCGUGCACGAGUGCAGCGCGGGUGGACAGCAACACGCGUGUGGCGUUCUGCAGCAGAGGCGCCGUGGAGUGGCUUGGGUUCCGCCUGGAACUGCUGGGCUCACUGCUGCUCUGCUUCUCUGCACUCAUGCUCACAUUGCUGCCUCCCUCAGUCGUCUCCCCUGGCCUGGCAGGAAUGUCCCUCUCCUACGGCCUUGCUCUCUCCCAAGCGCUCUUCUUCGUGGUGUGGGCGUGGUGUUCCCUGGAGAACCAGAUGGUAUCAGUGGAGCGAAUCCUCCACUUCUCCCACCCCGCCGUGCCCUCUGAAGCCCCUCUUGUGCUCCCCCACCACCGGCCUCCCCCCAACUGGCCGCACCAGGGGAGGGUAGAGUUUGACAGCCUUCAGGUCCAGUACCGGCCAGACCUCCCCAUGGUGCUGAAGGGCGUGACUCUGACCAUCCCAGGAGGGAACAAGGUUGGCAUAGUCGGCCGCACUGGCAGCGGCAAGUCAACACUCGUUGCUGCUCUCUUCCGAUUGGUCGAGCCGGCGGGCGGCAGGGUGGUGAUUGAUGACGUGGACAUCGGGAGCAUCGGAUUGGGCGACCUGAGGGGGCGGCUGGCGAUCAUUCCACAGGACCCGACGCUGUUCCAGGGGUCGAUUAGAAUGAACCUGGACCCUGCUGGGGAGUACAGCGAUGCUCAGAUAUGGGAGGGGUCUAUCUGGAUGAACCUGGACCCGGCAGAGGAAUACAGUGACGCUCAGAUAUGGGAGGCCCUGGACAGGUGUCAGUUGGGGGACACUGUGAAGGGCAUGGAGGCGAAGCUGGAUGCACAGGUGGUGGAGGGAGGGGAGAACUGGAGCGUGGGGCAGAGGCAGCUGUUCUGUCUUGGUCGAGCACUGCUGAAGAACUCGCGGAUUCUUGUGCUGGAUGAAGCGACGGCGUCCGUUGAUUCCGCCACCGACGCGGCGAUCCAACGGACGAUAAAGGAGAGCUUUGGCGGGGCGACUAUCAUCAGCAUCGCGCAUCGGAUCGCGACGGUCAUUGACAGUGACUUGGUGGUGGUCAUGGAUGGGGGAACCGUGGCGGAGUGCAAUUCACCCGCUGAGCUCAUGCGUGACCCUGAUUCCAUGUUUUCUCGCCUUGUGGCGGAAAGCUCGCCGUUAGCUCUUCGGGUGUACGCUCCCGUCGCGUCGUUCAUUCAUUCCAGUUUUCCUCGCAGUAUCGCGACAAUGGAUAAGGAUCAAGCCGCUGCUGCAGCAGAGACCGUCGACGCGACGGCUGCAGCUGCUGCUGACCUGUCAAUCGCCGAUAAGCCAGCAGCAGAGGCCACGGAGCAGAAGGAUCAGAAAGAGAAGAAGGAGAAGAAGGAAAAACCCAAAAAGGAGAAGGUCCCUAAGGAGAAAAAACCCAACCAACAAGGCGGAGGAGGCGGAGGAGGGGGGAAGAAGGAGGUGAAGAAGGAAACGCUGCUGGGUCUGUCGGUUAAGAAAUCCGAGGACUAUGGGAAGUGGUACUCGGAGGUGGUGGUGCAGUCAGAGCUGAUCGAGUACUAUGACGUUUCCGGCUGCUACAUCCUCCGACCGUGGUCCUACUCCAUCUGGGAAACCAUCAAGGAUUUCUUUGACGCAGAGAUCAAGCAGCUGGGGGUGCAGAACUCCUACUUCCCCAUGUUCGUCUCUGAGAGGGCGCUAAACGCCGAGAAGGACCAUGUGGAGGGCUUUGCUCCUGAGGUUGCGUGGGUGACCAAAUCAGGCCAGUCUGAGCUAGACGUGCCCAUCGCCAUCCGCCCCACGAGUGAGACGGUGAUGUACCCCAUCUACGCCAAGUGGAUCCACUCGCACCGCGACCUGCCCUUGAAGCUCAACCAGUGGAACAGCGUCGUGCGCUGGGAGUUCAAGCACCCCACGCCCUUCAUCCGGAGUCGUGAAUUCCUGUGGCAGGAGGGGCACACGGCCUUCGCCAGCAAGGAGGAGGCGGACGUUGAAGUGCUGGCCAUCCUGGAGCUGUACCGCCGCAUCUAUGAGGAGCUUCUCGCAGUGCCGGUGGUGAAGGGCGUCAAGAGCGAGCGGGAGAAGUUCGCUGGGGGUCUCUACACCACCACUGUCGAGGCGUUCAUCCCAGCAACAGGCAGGGGCAUCCAGUCGGCGACAUCCCACUGCCUGGGCCAGAACUUUGCCAAGAUGUUCAACAUCGAGUUUGAGGACGACAAGGGCGCCAAGCAGAUGGUCUGGCAGAACAGCUGGGGGCUCUCCACGCGCUCUAUCGGCGUGAUGGUGAUGGUGCAUUCAGACGACAAGGGCCUCGUGCUGCCGCCCAACGUGGCGCCCAUCCAGGCCAUCGUCGUCCCCAUCCCCUUCAAGGACGCCGACCGGGCGGCGGUUGUGGCGGCAGCAGCCGACGUGGGCGCCCAGUUGCGGGCGGCGGGGGUGCGGGUGAAGGAGGACGCGAGAGACAACUACUCCCCAGGCUUUAAGUACAACUUCUGGGAGCUCAGGGGUGUGCCCAUCCGCGUGGAGUUGGGUCCCAGGGACCUGACCAACAAGCAGGUGGUGUUGGUGCGGAGGGACACGGGAGCCAAGGAGUCAGCGCCCUGGGAGGGGCUGGGCGAGCGGGUGAAGGCCCUCCUCGCCACGAUCCACGCAGACAUGCUUGCUCGCGCCACCAAGGAGCGCGAUGAGAGCAUCGUGAAGAUCACCCAGUGGGAAGAAUUCAUGCCGGCCAUCGAUGCCAGGAAGAUGGUGUUGGCGCCGUGGUGCGAUGAGGAGGCGGUGGAGGAGGAUGUGCGGAAGAGGAGCGCAGGCGCUGGGGAGGGCGGAUCCGCCAAGACGUUCUGCAUGCCGUUUGAGCAGCCCGAGCUGCCUGAAGGCGCAAUCUGCUUUGCAUCGGGCAAGCCAGCCAAGAAGUGGGCUCUGUGGGGCCGCAGCUACUAA